UGAACCUGAAAGAAGUGAAAACAGGGACUCAAACAAAUACAUGUCCACACAGAUGCAUAGCAGCACAUGUCCCAAUAGGCAAAAGGUGGAGACAUCUAAGCUGUCCAUCAACAGAUGGAUGAAUAAACACAUUGUGAUAUAUCCUUACCAUGGAAAGUCACUCAGCAGAAGAAAUAAAGCGCUGACGCAUGUCACAAAGUGGAUGAACCUCGAGAAUAUCAUGCCGAGUCCAAGAAGCCAAACACAGGUCACAUGUGGUAUGAUUCCAUUGAUAUGAAAUGUCCAGAACAGGAUGCUGCCCAUCACGGAACAUCUGCUGCACCUGCUGGGACUGGAGAAGACCGCCUUCCGCCUGUAUGCCGUGUCUGCGCUCCUCCUCUCCCUGCUCUUCUUCCUCUUCCACCUGCUGCUGCGGUUCCUGCGGCUCUGCUGGCACUUCUAUGUCACCUGCCGCCGGCUGCGCUGCUUCCCCCAGCCACCCCGGCGCAAAAAAAGGCUGCUGGGCCACCUGGGCAUGUACCUCCCAAAUGAGAUGGGCCUCCAGGAUGAGAAGAAGGUGCUGGACAACAUGCACCAUGUGAUCUUGGUGUGGAUGGGACCUGUCUUGCCACUGGUGGUUCUGGUGCACCCUGAUUACAUCAAACCCGUGGUGGGCGCCUCAGCCGCCAUUGCCCCCAAGGAUGACCUUUUCUAUGGCUUCCUGAAACCUUGGUUAGGGGAUGGACUGCUGCUCAGCAAAGGUGAGAAGUGGAGCCGGCACCGCCGCCUGCUGACUCCUGCCUUCCACUUUGACAUCCUGAAGCCCUACAUGAAGAUAUUCAAUCAGUGCACCAACAUCAUGCAUGCUAAAUGGCGGCGCCUGGCGGAGGGUCCAAUGGUCUCCCUUGAUAUGUUUGAGCAUGUCAGCCUCAUGACCCUGGACAGUCUUCAGAAAUGUGUCUUCAGCUACAAUAGCAACUGCCAGGAGAAGAUGAGCGAUUACAUCUCAGCCAUCAUUGAGCUGAGUGCGCUGUCGGUCCGACGCCAAUAUCGCCUGCACCACUACAUCGACUUCAUCUACUACCGCACAGCAGACGGGCGGCGCUUCCGUCAGGCCUGUGACACCGUGCACAGCUUCACCACCGAGGUCAUCCAGGAGCGGCGGCUGGCGCUGCGCCAGCAGGGGGCCGAGGCCUGGCUCAAGUCCAAGCAGGGCAAGACCUUGGAUUUCAUCGAUGUGCUGCUCCUGGCCAAGGAUGAAGAUGGAAAGGGACUGACAGAUGAGGACAUCCGAGCUGAGGCGGACACAUUCAUGUUUGAGGGUCACGACACAACGUCCAGUGGGCUCUCGUGGGUGCUGUUUAACCUGGCCAAGCACCCAGAGUACCAGGAGAAGUGCCGGGAGGAGAUCCAGGAAGUCAUGAAAGGCCGGGAGCUGGAGGAGCUGGAGUGGGAUGACCUGCCUCUGCUGCCCUUCACCACUAUGUGCAUCAAAGAGAGCCUCCGCCAGUUCCCACCCGUGACCCUGGUCUCCCGCCGCUGCACGGAGGACAUCAAGCUCCCGGAUGGGCGCAUCAUCCCCAAAGGAAUCAUCUGCCUGGUCAGCAUCUAUGGGACCCACUACAACCCCACAGUGUGGCCUGACUCCAAGGAACUGCAUCGGACAGAGCUUCGCAAUGGCCGAGAUGCGCGUGGCCGUGGCGCUGACUCUGCUGCGCUUCCGCCUGAGCGUGGACCGAACGCGCAAAGUUCGGCGGAAGCCGGAGCUCAUAUUGCGCACGGAGAAUGGCAUCUGGCUCAACGUAGAGCCCCUCCCUCCGCGGGCCUGAGCCUGAGAGCCGGUGCGCCCCUGCGGAGCCCGGGGCCUAAGCCCCGCCUAGAGGCCGAAGCCCCGCCCUCGAGGGACCAGACCACGCCCCUAAGUCCUGUGGACAUAGGCCACGCCCCUCGAAGUUCAGGCUCCGCUCAGGGGGAUCAGGGUCCUCCACUGAGCAGCGGGUAGGUGCAAGCCACGCCCCUCAAGGCGAGGCCACGCCCCUUGAGUUCCAGGACCCACCCACCGAGUGCUGUCCUCUGGUUUGAGGGCCAGGCUAGGCCACACCCCUUGGGCCCAGACCCCGCCCCCAGCAUCCUGCGGCUUCAGGUCUUCAGGCCUCUCCCGCGGAGCCUUCUAAGACCCUAAGGCCAGACAUCUAAAGCGUCCUGGAUUCAAGCCCUGCCCCACGCGGAUCUGACGGGCUUCUAAAUGGAGGACUUGGGAGCUGGAGCCCGAGGUCAGAGCCUUGAACCUGGAUAUCGCCUUCCUGAAGCCCCCAGCUCGGAUGGGCGAACUUCUCAGGCAUCAGGCUACCUCCUGUGGCCCUGCUGUUUGCUUUUCUUGUUUUGUAAACUCGAACCCUCCUUCCAAGCCCCUUCCUUCCUCCCUUACUCAAAGGCCCUUUGCUAAGGGUGUUGAUAUUUGUAGAAUAAAAGCAAGGGAUACAGACAUCCACCAUCAUC